GGGCCCUGUCCAUUAGUGCUUAGUAGGCUGUCUCGUUGUCGAGGCCAGCGCGUCUGGAACAACUCCCACUUGGGUAGUGCUAAAACACCACCAAAACUCCUAUCAUCACCAUGUCCGCAUCGCAGCAGGGCCUACCACCCCUCGCGUCAGAGGGCGUGUUCACCUCGGCCGCCUCUAUUGAUAUCGACGCGCCGCGCGAUAUCGUCUGGGACGUCCUCAUGGACUGGGAUGCCUACCACGAAUGGAACCCUUUUGUUCGUGGCCAGCGCAUAACGGACAAAUCCAAGAACCCCCUCGCCCGCGCGCCGCAGCAGGGGGACUACCUGUACAUCCAUCCUGUGCACAUUCCGCCCACGUUCGAGAAAAAGCGCUUCCCGAGCUCAACGUUCAUCAACAUUACCGCGUACGAUCCGUCCAUGUACCGCGUCGCGUGGGGCGGAGACCAGGUGGCGUCCUGGCUGCUCCAUACGGAGCGGUGGCAGGCCCUCUCGGAGCUCGAUGGCGGCCAGAGAACACGCUAUGAGAGCAUCGAGGCUUUCAGCGGCGUCUUGGCGUAUAUCAUCAAGGUUAUCCUAAAAGGUGGUCUGGAUCAGGGUGCUCAGGCCAUGGCAGAUGGGCUCAAGAAUCGGUCCGAGGAGAAGUGGCGUAUUCAACAGGCCGCGAGUAGUUCAUAGCUAUACGCAUAUGGGAUCAGAAGAAAGCACCAUCAUGUACUUCGAUAGACGUGAAUCUGAAGGCACACUCUGCCACACCGUUGCCAAGGCU